AAUUUUUUACAUGAAAUUUAGUAAAAUAAAACAAUCUUCAUUGACGUGCCAGAUGUGGCUGCCAGAUGAAUAGACCUGAUUGUGACAAUGAUACUUUAUUUAUAAGGUGGCACCCCUGCUAGUUGCACAAUCAAACAGAACAUGUUGAGCAACAAAAAAAUGAAAUAUUGCAUAUUACCUGUAACUGUGCCUCAAACAUUAAUAACUGAUAAACAGAAUCGAGUUUUACUAAAAUUAUUCUAGAAUAAUAUUACUUUACAGUUGUUGAAUAAGAAAUGAGAAGCAGUUGUUGAACAUGCUAUGUCCUUUGACAAGACUUCAUUUCCCAGCAUUCCUGCGUGACAUUUACCCAGCAUGCAGCAGCGYUAACGUGCCGAAGCAAGAUGGCGGCUAAAACAAGCAAAGACGGUGCUCCUCCUUUUGAUUGUCCAUCAUGGGCAGGAAAACCGCCCACAGGACUUCAUUUGGAUGUGAUGAAAGGAGACAAACUUGUAGAGAAACUCAUUAUAGAUGAAAAGAAGUAUUAUCUGUUUGGGAGGAACCCUGACUGGUGUGACUUCACCAUUGACCAUCAGUCAUGCUCUCGAGUUCAUGCGGCGCUAGUCUACCACAAACAUCUAAAAAGGGUCUUCCUUAUAGACCUUAACAGCACACAUGGUACCUUCCUUGGACACAUCCGCCUUGAGCCUCACAAGCCCCAGCAGGUCCCCAUAGACUCAACAAUAUCUUUUGGGGCUUCAACGCGCACCUACACCAUCAGAGAGAAACCACAAACCCAAGGCACUGCUGGCACAGGAGACAGUAAGACAGGAGAGGAGGAGGAGCUUAAAAGACUGAUCGGGCUUCCAGAGGAAGAGAUGGAGCUUGAGAACCUAACAGAGUUCAACACUGCUCACAACAAGCGCAUCUCCCUCYUGACCAUCGAAGAAGGCAACCUGGAAAUCCAGAGGCCCAAAAGAAAACGCAGGAACUCCAAAGUUACUUUCAGUGAAGARGACUCCAUCAUUAAUCCAGAGGACAUAGAUCCCUCAGUUGGGCGUUUUAGAAACAUGGUGCAAACCGCUGUCAUCCCCAUCAAGAAACGAAGGUCAGACAGUCAAAACACUUUAGGUUUUGAGGAUCUGACCUCUAAGCGAAUCCACGGCUACAGCCUAAGUGCUGGUCUGUAUGGUGACCUGCCUCCCACCAGCCACGAGAACAAGCCCACAGGAGCUCCAGGGGGCGCUGCUAUGCAGGGAGGGCUUCCUUUGCCCUUCCCUAACCCUGCACCAGAGGUGGACUUGGCCCCAGAGGCUCCGCAGCCCCCUGUCACCCUCAACCCAACACCUGUAACAGCCCCCUACAUGCCAGAGACGCACAACGAGCCACGCAAAAAGAAGUACGCCAAAGAAGCUUGGCCGGGGAAGAAACCCACACCCUCACUUCUCAUCUAGCCAGUUCGAUAACACCGCUGACUCUCAGGUUCCCAGCAGACACAUCAGGGACUGUGACCUAGCAGAGGAGGAACCUUAAGAUUUUUUCUUUUUUACAUUUGUUACGCUGUUUUCAUUCUAACUAAAAAAAAAUGUAACCCCCGCCCCCCCAUUCCUCAUUUUCUCUGUUGUGUGUCACAAGAUUUAAUAUACAUCAUUAAGUCAACUGUUGAUAAUUUGCUGAUAAAUAUCAUAACCUUGUUUACUGCAAACAAAACUGAGCUAAAGUCAUAACACUUGUACUUUUUAGCGAGAACGACUACAUGGAUUUGGUUUUGUGAUGGACUUAUAGRCUUGAUGUUGUUUUUUUCUUUUUUACAUAAACAUGUUUAAACAGUUUGAUUCCUUCAGAAUGUUUAUAAAGAUGUUAAGACAAAUUGUAAAAUGUAUUUUUAUUUACAAAUUGUAAAGUAAUAAUAGUCCCAAGAGUUAAAGUGUGAAAAAGUUGAAAAUGUGAGGCUGUGUUAUUUUUAUUUUUAUUUUUUUCUCCAUGUCAAAGACAUUGAUUUAAUGAUAAAUGUUUUAAUUCAGUUUAAUAAGUCAAUAUCAAUAGAGGGUUCUGUGUAUUCUCUGCACAAGCCACUAGAUGGCAGCUUUAGCAAAAAGAUCAAUUUUUCAUGAGGUUUGACUGAAAGCUUGUGGGUACCAGUGAGUGUGGCCUGAUGCACAAACCUCAACCAGAAUCUAAAUGUGGCAUCUAAUGAAAGGAAUGGUGAAAACAUUUUUAUAAAUUAGUUUUUUUAAUGUUUUUGUGUAACCAUUUACCCUGUCUGAAUUACAUUUUUAGUAUAUUACAUUUAAACGUAUUUUCCCAGCUCAAAUAUACUGUAAUAACAAGCAUUUUACAGUUUCUGGCAUUUUGAGCUGCCGAAUAGUAACAAAAUGAUUCAAAUGUGUUCUGUUCUAAUGGUUAUUUACAUGCUACAGUAUACAGUUUUGUUUUAACAGCUGCUUUUCUUACCAACAUGAGAUGUAGGAAUGAUCUAUUAGCAGCCAAAUAAAAAUAGCUCAUUGUGUUAAACAUGUCACCUAGUUAUAGUUUAUAAUAAGUUUAGUGUUCACAAAGUUCAAAGAUUCUAUAGAAUUAUGUACUAAAUUGAUAAAGUGCAUUUAAGACCCUCAGGCAAGCAGUCAUAACAUUUCUGCCAUUUUAAAAAGAUUUAGGAGGUUAGUAAAAAUAAAACUAAAGGGCUAGUGGUUUUGAUAGAAAGUGGCAAAGCGGCUGGAUGGGUUUGAGUUGGACUUAAAGUCAUAUAAUCUGCUGUCAUUUUAAGUAUUUGCCAUAUAUAUAUAUANUAUAUAUAUAUAUAUAUUCAGCCAUUUGAAUACACCCAAAGGUUGGAAAUCAGCUGCAAAACUUGACGUUUCAUUUUUACAAACUGUGCUUGUGACUUUGUCCCUUUUAACGUGUGGAUUUUGUAAUGAGACUGUAAAUUAAAAAAGGAAUUACUUUUACCUUA